AUGGAGCCGCCAGGGAUGGAAUCGGGCUUGGAUUUCCCCAAGAAUCCACUGCUUUGUCCAAUCUGCCACGAUUAUUUCACCGAACCUUGCAUCCUGAGCUGCUACCACACCUUCUGCGCCCGUUGUCUUCGGGGCAGGGAGCAGGACCGCCGCCUGAUAUGCCCUUUUUGCAGGCAACCAACCAUGCUGAAAGACGGCUCGGCGCUGCCGCCUCCCGACACGCUCAUGAGACAGCUGAUCGACAUCGCCAACAGCGAAAACCCGCCGUGUUCCAAUUGCGAUAAACGUGACAGGGCCAACAUGUACUACUGCAACACCUGCGGUCAAGCGUUGUGUUCAAACUGCCGGGACAACACCCACCGGGCCAAAAUGUUCUCCAGCCACGAAGUUGUUCACAUGACGAAAUGCAACAAGGAACCCAAACGGUGCCCGCAACAUGGCGAGCACUACAUAAUGUACUCGCCCCUGCAAAACGCCAUGCUGUGCGUCAACUGCUUCCGCGACUUACCCAGCGACAUGAGGGGCCAGUGCGUGGACAUCGACACCGCCCACGCCCAGGCCGCCAAACGUUUGGAGAGGGGGCAGAACGCUAUAAUGGAUCUCCAGACUUCCGUCAGGGACGGCAUAAUAGCCUUGAAAGGUCUGAUGGACGAGUUGCGCAGGAACAUGGACAGCGAGAAGCACACGAUAAACACGUUCUGCCAAGGCAUGCAGGAGGCUAUGGCCAAAACGCACGCCACCAUGAUAAUGGAGGUGCAGCGCCAGUUCGAGAGCAAGGAACGCGUUUAUCGCAGCCAGUUGCUGCUGCUAGGUACCGUAAUGCCCGUCUUGCAACUGCACCUGGUGCUGUGUACUACGUUCACGGCUGCCGCGAACAAGUACCAGUUCUUGGAGCUCUGCCCGUCCCUGAUCGAGCGGUUGUCGGCCGUCGGCAACCUAAGUCAACCCGUCAGGUCCCUGCAGUCGUCUCAGAUAAAAACGAACUACCGCAGCGAGUUCGCUCAGUGUCUGGAACCGUGGAUCGGCCCGGCCGCCGUCAGCCAGCAUCAGUCGGAAUUGGCAGCAGCUUCUAGGUUGUACGAAACGGCCCCGCCCACCACCAAGAAGCAGCAGAACGCCAUGAAGAGCAAGGUGUUGGAGGGCGAGAACUCGUUCUCGUCUCACUGUCGCUCGUUCGAGUCCCAGAUCCGCGAGCUCAACCAGCAGUUCAACCUGGUGAAGGAGAAAGUCAGCGAGCUCCACAAAGACAUCAUGGCGCUGAGGAAGGCGCAGAUUCCGCCGCUGUCGGCACGCUACGACAUGCUCACCAGGGAGUGUCUGCACCUGGAUCAGAACCUCGAGAGGCAGCAGCAGGACUUGGACAGGAUGGCGACGGUCUUUGACGUCUCCUGGGAGGAGCAGCUGUGGCGUCUCAGGGUCGAACAGGAGGUGUUCAGCUGUCAAAGGGCCGACGUUAACACGCUACGGAACGAACUGAAGCAUCUCAGCCAAGUGGCGUCGCAGCUAGAGCCGUACAUCAGGAGUCUGACACCGGCGCAACAGAGCCAGAGCAGCCAGAGCGAGCAGGGGCAGAGCCAGAGCGAACAGGCGCAGCACUUGGCAUCUCUCCUGGAGCAUAUAGGGAUCCUGCAGCAGUCCGACGCCGCCCUGGGCAAGAUCCCCCGAUCCCGCAGCAGGGUUCUGGGUCAGUUAUUGGAAAAGGUCCGUCCCAACAUCCAGGAGAGGGAACGCAGCAAGUCGGCGGGGCAGACGGACAAGCCAUUGUCGACGCCACAGAAACCCACUGUCAAAAAACCGUUCAUGACAAGCCAGCAGAUGAACAUCGACAAGCUGGAGGCGCACAUCAAGGAGAAGCUGCACGACAUCAUGAACAGGCGCCAGAGUCAGCCGUCCUCCAAGUCCGACACCGAGACGGAGCGGAAGUUGCUGAAGGACGACAGGAAGCUAAGCAAGACCGACCUGGAGUCUAUCGCCAAACUCGGAUCGAAGCAGCGCAUAAUGUACAAGAAGAUCGGGAAGAGCUGCGACAAGAUAAACGCCUCCAGCAAGUCGGACAGCGAGGUGAAGAAGUGCAAGUCCGAGUCGGAGUACCAGAGGAUCUCCGACGCGACCAGCCAGAACAUCAAGGCGUUGGUGCACGAGACCAGGUCGAGCCCCAGCAGCCCCAAGGGCAAGAACAAAUGCAAGCCGCCCGCGAAACAGCCGAAGAAGAAGGUCUACCCCUACAGCGACGGCGAGGACAACGUCUUCUACUCCAUGCACGACUCGGCCGACUCGCUGAGCACCUCCAGCCGCCGCUCGAGUCUCGAGGGCAACGACAAGACCCUGGUGGUGGUGAUCAACCGCCGCAACAAGAACAUGUCGCUGGCCCAGAAGCAGCGCAGCUGGGAGACCUUCCCGCCGAAGAGGCGGCACCACAUGUGCCACAAGAUGUCCGCCCCGACGCCGCCCAUGCCACCGCUGCGGAAGGCCGACAGUUUCGAGGGUCACGAGGAGGCGGUGAAGAGCCUGGUGGCCGCCGUGCAGGAGACCAGGCGGAAGCCAAAGGGGGGCAAUUAACCGAUAGGGAACGCGGA